AUAUAAUGAAGGAGUUUUUUCUUUUAUCAAUAUUAAAAAAGAAAUUAUUUUUAAAGAAUCAUUGUCAUCCAAUAGAUCAUCAUGAUAUCAUCUUUUCCUCUUUCUUUUUGGUUGGAUAGCUUGUCAUUCUCAAUUCUCAUCAUGGUAGCAGUGCUGACAGCUUGGCAAUUCGAAAACAAUACAAACACCCCAACAAACACUAAAAUCUUCACCAAACUUUCUAUAACUCAUUGAGGAAGAGAGAAGAUUUGGUUUUUAUAUGUAUGAUUGACUUAGUAAAUUAAGUAGAAUAGCAAAAGUGUAUGUAUAAAAUUAUUACCAUUAACCAUAGUUCAGAAGGGAAACAACAAAAUGCAAACACUUAUGUCAUUUCUUCCUCUUAAUUAAUCAUCUCCCCUAAUUAAAAGCUUUAUAUCAUAAUAUAUCACACUGCUGAGUGCUCUCUUGCCCUUAGUUAUAGAGACACACGCCUAAGAUUGAAUCCG